AUGAGCCCAAGUGGGCAAGCUGCGCAGGAGAUCGACCCAGUUCGUGGAGAUCAAAGGCCCAACGGCGUAAUGCCAGGACCUAGGAGGAUUCCUGCAGACGAGGCUGCCUAUGAGCGUGCCUUAGCGGCAACCGGACUCGGCGCGACGGAACCUCAUUCCGGCCAUGGUUUUGCUGGUGGGAGUGUUGGUGAUGGAGAUGCAGUUCCGGGGCCAGUGGGAGCAAGAACAGAGCAGAGUCAGCCUGAUAGCAAUUUGCCUGGAAUUGGUAGUGAUGCUGGGGCUGGUGAUCGUGGUAUGCAGACAGGAAGAAGAAUGUCGAGGGUCGGUCAUGAGGUGUUUGCGUCGCCGGCUUCAGGACGUGGCGUGGGCAAUGAUCCAGUGCUAUUUCCUCAUGCUGGUGUUCAGCAGCAGUCCAGUGACAGAGCGGAGUCUCAGGCGCUUUUGUUGCCAUCUCCGUUUCCUUCUCCGACGUCGCAAGCGGUGUCCACUGGUGAGUCUUCACAGGGAUUUAAUCUGGUGGGUGCUGCAGCGAUGAAGUGGGUUGCCAAGCUGGGUGAGUUCGUGCAGCGGCGUGCGGCAUAUGUGACUCAAUCCCGCCCAGGUGAGCAAACCACUGUGGUGCAAGAGACAUUGUGGUCGCCUACGGCAUCCCAGGCAGCGGCAGCUGAGACCGAGGCUCGGAUUCUUCAGCUUCCUAUACCCGAGAGCAACUUGAGCAAGAAGUUCGUAAGCAAGUGGAACAAGCAAUGGCUUCUCAGCGAAGUGUGGUUGAUGAGAAUCAACAGCUACGGAUGGAGUUGGAAAGGCUACGAAGGGGGGCGACUACGGCAAGUACGCGCUCUGAUGGUAUUCAAGAACGAGAUCCUCUUGGCGGGCGGAGCGGUGCUGGGGCGCGUGGCGGUGAAGGCCGAGGCGUUGUCGAAGGCAAUCCAGCAGGACUUUCCGGACAUGACCGCGAGCAAGGGGGUGAUGUUCUUCAACAAGGACGUGGAGAUGUAG